UACGCGGUGAACAUUCGAGAAUAAACAAGUUGUUCGCGUAGCCCUCUAAUGGCCAGAGCAGGAGAUACAAUCGCACGUCGAGCAGUCUUGAACAGUAUUUUUUUUCUAUGUUACGGAUGAUUAUGGCGAGGUUUGCCAGAUGGAAGUGAAGUGUCGUAUAAAGAAUACGUUUGUCGAAUUUAUCAAACGGAAUUUGUUGAAGUGAGGGUAAGCGACACAGAAGAUUCAAUUUCGUUUUUACGGUUUCGAUGAACUUCUGGGCAGUGAUCAACGAACGGAGAAAUGGAAAUCUAUUCCCUAUGAAAUAGCGAGCUAAUACCUGUCCUUUCCUCCAGCCAUACUCGAGUGUACAAUAAUAGACUUGGCUGGAACCUGCAGCCUGAUUAAAUAAAUAGUAUUGUCUAUCUCUUGAACUGCUCCACCAGCAGUAACGCAACUAUCCCUUCGUCCGGCACGUAUAGACUGAUUCGGACAGGGCGAAUUUUUUUGCCGUUUUAUCAAGAGUCACCAGGCACAUAACCUUCACAGAAAUAUGGAGGGUCAACAAUUUUGUUUACGGUGGCAUAAUUUUCAAAAUACUCUCUUGAGCUCCCUUCCUAAAUUGCUCGAUGGUGGUUAUUUAACAGAUGUCACGCUAAGUGCAGGUGGCAGGCACAUACAUGCACACAAAAUUAUACUUUCAGCUUGUAGUUACUAUUUUAAAGAAUUAUUUAAGGAUUUAAGUUCUUUGCAACAUCCUGUCAUUGUAUUGCCAGGCAUGGAAUAUGCAAAUUUGUGCGCACUUGUCACGUUUAUGUAUAACGGCGAGGUGAAUAUUUAUCAAGAACAAUUGCCUGCACUUUUGGCUAUGGCAGACACAUUACAUAUUCGUGGAUUGGCAGACAUUGCUGGGAAAAACUCACGACACGACAAUGGUUUAUAUGUACAGCCUCCACCAAUGCAACUACAAGAAAAAACGUUAUCUGAACCACCGAUAAAGAAAGAAAGCAAAGACAGUGCUACGAGCAGCGAGUCCUUAGAAACAGUUUUAGCAACAGAAACGACAGAACACGCGGAUGAGGCAUUCAAUGACCAAGAAAGUAUACCAUACUGUGUGAAAACAAAGCCUUAUUAUUCUAUUAAUGCAAAGUUAAAUCAGAGAGAGAAAGUCAGUAUUCCUUCUGCUAAUGCUUCGUCCAAUAAGUAUACAGAGCAAGGAUAUUCAGACAUCGGGAUGGAUGAAAGUACACCGGUUUUAGACGAUCAGAUUACACCAGUGGAAGACACGAAACCACCACCUGUUUGGGAUGCAAAUUUCAAAUUUCUUACAAGCUCCGUCAGUGGUAGAACGUCUCAAAAUUAUAAUAAAUCUAGUGUUACUUGCCUUAUCUGUGGAAAACAAUUAAGUAAUCAAUACAAUUUGCGGGUACACAUGGAGACUCAUAGUAAUAGUUCAUAUAGUUGUACAGCCUGUUCGCAUGUGUCGAGAUCACGUGACGCGCUUAGGAAACAUGUUUCUUACAGACAUCCGGUAGCAUCACCGCAAAAGCGUUCACGAUAUAGUACACCGAAACCAUAGAAGCUAUUACUAUUAUAAAUAUCUUGAUUUGUAUUAUGCCUAUAUUUUAGGUUACAUCUUUCUAAAAAAAAAACGGAAAAAAAAUAAGUUAACGAUGUGUUACUCAACUUAGGUCUAAGUAUUUUAUUAACUAAAAAAAACAGAAUUGAAUUUUGAAAUUGAAAAUUAUGAUACAAAUAUUCUGGUUCUUGUUAUUUAUUUAUUAGGAUAUUUCUUUCUCUUGAAUACCAAAUUUGUCAAUCAAGGUGGUAUUGCUGUGAAAGUAUUUUGAUUUUUAUUAUAAAGUUCUUAAAAUACUUCCUUAAAUAUGUUGUAUACUCCCCUUAAUUACAGUCGCAUUGUCGCAAUUUAGUUGAAAAAAUCCAAUAUAGCGUUAAGUUAUACGAAUUUAAAAAAAAAAA